UCGAGAACGAAACUCUAUUUGUAUCGUCGCCGUCGGAGUGGAAGUGAAAUUCGGUUUCGUGUUUCCGACUACUGUGGCAAUCAAGCGCUUGAAUUAUAAUCGAAUUUGGCAUUAGUAACCCAUAAAUCUGAUCGCCAGAGCUAGGCGCGAGGGGGUUGCUACUACGGUUACGUGACAAGUGUUGCAAUGAGCCAGUGAGGAGGAGGAGAAGAAGCCAACAAGUUCGGUCAUUUGAAGCUAGAUAUUCAAGAACUUGUCCACCAAGGAAAUAGCCAUGGUCGAGAAGGCGUCCAAUGCGUUUACACUGGAAAAGCUCCGAAAUCUGCAAUGGGAAAAGGUGUUUCGUAUGUUUUACAUUGAACCGGUUGUGUUUAUGCUGCUCUUCUCGCACACGUUAUCGGGCACCAUCCAGCGCAACCAGGUCAUCUACCAGACGUGCACAGUGAUAUUCCACUACAACGAGAGCGACUGCAAGCAGCUGGAUGUGAAGAACGCCAGUGCGGAAAUCAAUGUGGGUUACAGUACGGCGGAAGCCACCAGUCCACUACCGAGAUCUGAUCCUACUCAUCCGCUUUGCAGGCCAUUGAGACGGAACUGCAGCCGUAUGUGGCCAAUCUGUUCCUGGCCCGCACCCUCCUGGAGAGCAUUGUUCCAGCCUUCUGCGGCCUGUUCAUCGGUUCCUGGUCGGAUCACUAUGGACGCAAGCCCCUGCUCAUUGUUUCCAUGAUAGGAUUCUCGGCAUCAUUCCUCAUGAUGGCCGCCAUCUGCGAGUUGUCCAGCUACUAUGUGGUCAAUCCCUGGUGGUACAUCAUGGCUGCAGUGCCCCACUCCCUGCUCGGUGGCAAUUGCGUCUUCUCGGUGGCCGCCUUCUGCUUCAUCUCGGACAUCACGGAUUGCAAGUCGCGUCCGUACCGCAUGAUCUUCAUGGAGUCGCUUUUCUUUAUUGGACUGACAAGUGGAUCUCUGCUCUCUAGCUUUGUGUACGCGGCUGUGGGAUCAGCGGCGACCAUUGGGAUUUCCGGCUGCAUCGUUACUUUCGCAACGCUCUUUAUCAUCUUCUUUGUGCCGGAGAGCUUGCACUUCCAUAAGGAACAGGAAACGAAGAACGCGAUAACUGCAAAUGUCGAAAAGGAGUGCAUCGACAGCAAAGUGCCUAUAACCGCCUGUGACCUCCAGUUGGACCGCGUUGCGAUUGACUGCCCGCCGAACUUCAUGAACGAUGAGGAGCCAGGGAAGGAUAAGAGGAUGGAGCUGCCCACACCGGCAACGCCUGCGAUGAGCUUCGACGACGACCUGUUGGCGAAGUACGUGGAGCGGCUGCCACAGAAGGCGGAGGAGCGCAAGCGCCAGGAGGCGGAAGAGCAGGCCAAGAAGGCGGGUCUGUUCAGUAUGGUACACAUCAGGGACAUGAUCAGCACCUGCUUCAAGCGUCGCGAUCAUCACGCGCGCGCCAUCAUCUGGCUGGUUACGCUGGCCAUGUUUCUGUCCAUCUUUGUAUUCGAUGGAGUGAUGACAGUGAUGUACCUAUUCGUGCGCGAGAAAUUCCACUGGACUGUGCGGGACUACACAUUCUUUGAAACGGUCAGCCACCUGGUGCCCAUGAUUGGCGCACUCAUUGGUUUCCUUAUUCUGCGGAAGGUCUUUCGCCUGUCGGUGGUGACCCUGGCACUGCUUGCCUUCUUUUCGGAGAUUCUGAACAAUCUGGCCAAGGGCUUUGCAACGAUGCCCUGGCACAUGUACCUUUCGGUGACCUUGGGCGUCUUCCGCUCCAUCUCAGGCCCCAUGUGCCGCACAAUAGUAUCGAACAUAGUGCCUCCCUCGGAUCUGGGCAAGAUUUUCUCCAUCAAGAAUGUUUUGCAGUCAUUCGCACCGUUCGUGGCUGCACCCUUGUACACCCUCAUCUAUAAGCGAUCCCUGACCACCUAUCCCGGUCUGUUCAACUUCGUCAGCUCGUUCCUGUACCUGCUUUCGUUCGUGUUUAUCGGAUAUGUGUUGCGGAUCAAAUACAGGUACAAGCAGCACUACGCCAAGGUUCUGAAGUGAGGCGGCUAUAGCAAAAAAUUAGCACGUGAUCAUCACAACCAAUCGAGCAAUAAAGAUUUACAAGUUUAGCGAAUUUAAAGAUGCGAAUCCGGAAAGCAGGCGCUUAACUAUGAGGGAUCAUCAGUUAUAAAUGGAACGAAUGAAUCUUUGUUUGACUUGUUUAUUUAUAUGUUAAAUUAUUUGUAAUUUUGUUUAAAAAGUGUAACUAGCUAUAUAGCUGUACUUCUAGAGUAGACAAUUAAAAAGUCGCACAUCUCGCCGUUACAUUAGUUGAGUAUCGGGUAUCUAAAUCUCUAAUUGUACCCAUUAAUCGUAGUAGUGUAAAAGGGUAUACUAGAUUUGUUGAAGAUUAUGUAACAGGAACAACGAUGAGGAAGUGUUUCCGACCUUAUAUUGUGUACUUAUACCUAGAUCGGGAACUAUAAAACUUAAGGUUAGGCAUCUCGCACGCCCGCUGAAAAUGUUUAGAAUUUUUUUUCUUCAUUCAUCAUUUUAAUUUUAUUGUUUGUUUUGCCAAUUCCUAGAGAAGUGUCAUAAACAUUUUGGUCACGUUCACUCUUAAAUGCAUUUUUGAAAUUUCUCCGUCGUUUCACUAGUUGAGUAAUAGUCGAGGAACUCGAUGAUAGCGUUCCUCUUAAGUAAAAUAAUUGUUAUAGUGUUUAUUUAGAGCUAACGCAAUUAAAUACCACUGAAAUAUUUAUAUAU